AUGAAUCAACAAGAUGUUAUUGCUUUAAAAUUUCACAAAGCUAAAGAAGAAUUACAAAAUCAUUACCAAGAAUUAAAUAAAUAUUUGAGAAGUCUUCAACAAACGUAUUUAAUGGCAAUGCAACAACCUACUCAAUAUCACCUUCCAAAUCCUCAAAUGCUUCAAAACCAGAUUAAUCAAUUAGUUAAUGCAUAUGCUGCUGCAUCUCAAAAACUUGCAUUUGCACCACAACCCCCUGCUAUUAUUUGUCGAGAAAUCCUUGAUACAUUUAUUAAGCAAACAAAGGCAAAUGCUGAUUUUAUUAAUGAAAUAACAAAAAAGUAUAAAGAAUUAGAAGAACGACAAAAACAAAUUCUUCAACAAAUCAAUAAUGUUCAAAUUAAACAAAAAGGAACAAAAAGUAUUAUUGAUAAUUUAAAUGAAAAUAAUAUUGAUGAAUUUAUAAAUCAAUUAUUAGAUUGGGAUAAUGCUCAAAUAAUAGUUAAAUUAAAUAAAACAGAAGAAGCAAUUUUAUUACUUUGUGAUGCAUUAAAAAAGAAUUCAAGUAAUUCACAAAAAAUUGAAGAUAUUUGUGAAGGUAUUAUGGCAUUCAUUUCUAUGACACUACUUUCUCCUAUUGCUGUUUCUCAAUUAAGUGAUGUAAUCUCUCAAGUUAUUUUGAGUCCUGCUGUUUCUGAAGAAGCUACACCAGCAAUUAUUGAUGUUUACGAUGCGUUACAAGUUCCAGUUUGUUUACAAUAA